AUGCCGAGCUUCUCCCGUUCGCCUCUCAAUUCCACUCUUUCCUCAGACUUUGUCCCAUCCGUAUACGCACCGGCAGCCAAUCCGAAUUAUAAUCAAUCGAAUUCUCAGCUUUCACUCUCUCCAAACUAUUCUCAAAAAUCCCCAACGCUAAAAGCUUAUGACAUCGAUUUAUCAAUUCACAUCGAUGCAUCAACAAGUGUUGCAACUCCGCGUCUUGAAAGAAUCACUUGUCGAUUCGAAAAUGAGGACAAUUUCCAAUCAAGAAGAUCAACAAUGAGUGGAGAGGAUCGUGAAUUGAGUAGAAGAUCAACAAUGAGUGGAGAAGAUCCUCAAUUAAGCAGGAGAUCAACAAUGAGUGGAGAUGGGGUACAACUUGUUCAGAAAAAGAGUCCAACGAUUCGGCAAAAGGGGUGGUACUCUAGUGCAGUUGAAUCGAGUACAUUGCCAAGAAUGUUGCGGAAACCGCGAGUGCUAGAGCCUGAGGAGUCUCCAUAUUCAUCGUAUUCAGUGAUUCCAUAUAUCGAUGAAGAUUUCGCACAACCCGGCUCACAUCCCGACUUUCCGCCUCCAAAGCCAGCAAGAAGCUUCGCUGAUCGUCGCUGCAGUCUCGUGCUUCGAACGCAGACGAGUUUACGGGUGAAAACGAUCGUUGAUAAACUCCUAAACGCGUCAGGCCGUGAUCAACGUCGAGCGCUUUUCUCGUUAAAGCAAAUCUUUCAGGAUGACAAAGAUCUUGUGCACGAAUUCGUUCAAAACGGCGGCCUCGAUUGUAUGAUCAAAUUGGGACGAGUGGCCGAUCAGAAUCAUCAGAAUUACAUCUUAAGAGCACUCGGCCAAGUGAUGUUGUACGUUGACGGAAUGAAUGGGAUUAUCGCUCACAAUGCGACGAUUCAAUGGCUUUACGAGUUGCUCGACUCACCGUUGUACGACGAAAAAGAGCGCAAAGAAAUGAGUCCCUAUCGGCAGGAAUGGUUUCGAUUGGUGGUGAAAACAGCAUUGAAAUUGUUAUUGGUGUUUAUCGAGUACAACGACAACAAUUCUCUCAUCGUUUUGGCGGCUGUUUCAACGGUGGAUAAAUCAUUGAAUCGCCCGGAUUGGACUUUAUUAGUGAAAGCAGUGAGCGAAAGGGAAUGUCCCGAUCCAGAAACCCUCGUCAUUGGAAUGACUGUCAUCAAUAAAGCGUUACACGGGAUUCCUGAUAGGGACACUUUCUACGAUGCAACGGACACUCUAGAGGAAUUGGGAAUGGAAAAAGUGAUGAAACAAAUGAUUGCUACGGGCAACAAAGAGUUGAUCGAGCAGUGUAGACUUUACGAGAGAGAACUCAAUCAGGAAGACGCAGCCGAAGAAGGGGGCAGUAGUGAUGCGAGUGAUGAGAGCACGGCGAAAUUGAGACCACAAGCCGUCUCUCGAGCCCCAUCAAACUCGUCACAAGAUCGCCGAAGUGUCAUGAGGAAAAGGCAUCAGGAAGCUAUUCAACACCAAGAAGAGCAUCUAUCUGUCACCAAGAGUCGACAAAUGUUUGAUCAACAAAAUGCUCGGCCUGUCUCCCCAGAACCCCCUCGACAGCCAUUAUCUUGGAGAAGUGAACAAUCGAAGACACCUGAGCCAAACAAUAAUACUCCAACUCCAAUCAUCUCAACAUCACCCGAUUUAAAUAAAGAACGGAAAAUCCCAGAGCCGAUCAAAUUAAUCGAGAAUCAAGAAAAUGAGAAACCUGAGGAGAAUGAUUUAGAAAAACCGGUGAAAGCUCCUCCACCAUCAUUUCCGACGAUUUUCUCACCGACUGAGCCAAAAAGCAUGGAUUUCCCGGAAGUGAUCGCAUCAACUUCUACACAAAAUGAUGCCAAUUUGCAUAAUAAUCUAGGAUUGAAAGUACAAGUACAAAAAGAAGAGCAAAGAGAGCCGAGAAUGAUGAAGUUAGAGAAAGAAAAGGAUGAUGGAUCUUCAUCUGAUGGUGGAAACAAUUUUGCCGCUUUAUUGCAAAGAAGAGCCGCUAAAGCAGCUGAGGGAAAUCGAGCUGGUUUUGAGGCGAAAAUGAAUGAAGGGGAGAUGCAAUGGAAUAAGGCCGCUGAAUCGCUAAAAACGAAACCAUUGAUCAUCAAUGAUUUGGACUUUUCCGAGUUCCACGCAGCUGAAUAUGAGCAAGAUCCGCUGGUAAUGGCCCGUCAAUCGAUUCAACAAGAGAGGAUUCCCAGCGCUGGUUUUAUCCCGCCACCACCUGGCGGGAUUCCGCUUCCACCAAGAUUGCAAAAUGGUGGACAUCUCGCCCCUCCACCGCCUCCAUUACCUGGAAUGAAUGGUGGUGUCCCUCCACCUCCACCAUUCAGAGAUGUGAGUCCGGGUGGAAGUCUGCAAGCUGCUUCCCUGAAAACGAACACAUUGAGGCUACAUUGGAAACCAGCACAAGCUGAAGCUCCGUCUGUGCCCACUCUGAAGAAUAAGGGUACUUUCUGGAAACAGCUCAACUUGCCGGCAAUCGACGCGAACAAAUUGGCGCAACUUUUCGAGACAAAAACAAAGGAGACUGGGGUGAAGAAAACAAACGGUGAAGUGAAGCCCCAAGUGUUGCAAUGUCUUUCCCUCAAGCGCUCACAACAAAUCAAUAUCGGAUUGACGAAACUUCCGCCAGCAAACGUCAUUCCAACAGCAAUUAUGAAAUUCGACGUAAUGGUGUUGAACAAAGAAAUGAUCGAAAAGAUUCUUAAAGAAAUGAUGCCAACAACAAAAGAAGUUGAAGAGAUCGAAAAUAAACAGGCAGAAAACCCGGAAAUGCCAUUGGGAAAUGCUGAGCAAUUCCUCUUGAAGUUAUCCUCGAUUCCCUGUCUUUUGGAAAGGCUGAAACUAUGGAUUUUUAUGCUUGAUUAUAAAAAUGCUGAAAAGGACAUUGCUGAAGCCUUGAUGGACAUUCAGAGGGCGAUGGAAGAAAUCGAGAAAUCGAAGACUUUCCGAGUGGCCAUGGGGAUGUUAUUGAAAAUAGGGAACACGCUGAAUGGCACUGAUAUCAAAGGCUUUUACUUGGAUUAUUUGGCAAAAACGUCUGAAGUGAAAGAUCCAGUUUAUAAACAUCCAUUAACAUGGCAUCUUGCUGAGUACAUGAUUGAGCAUUAUCCAGAGGGAACCGAUUUAUAUUCAGAAUUUGGAGCGGUUGCAAGGAGUGCAAGGGUCGACUACAAAGAACUUCUCGAAAAUCUGAAAAACAUGAAGCAAAAGAUUAAUGAUUAUUUGACCGAUGUCGCGCAAAGGAUUCAUCAAUUGAAGACAAUUUGGAGGCUUGCACAGAACAGAUGGCAUGGUUUCCUUCUUUUCUUCGGCUAUUCCGUUCAAGAGAUUCCGGAUCAAAAACAGAAUGAAGUAUUCAAAAUGGUAACUGAGUUUUCAUUGGAGUACCGAACAACGAGGGAUAAAAUCCUGCAACAAAGGAAGAGAUUGGCUGAGAAAAGGGAAAGAAAUAAGACUAGAGGGAAAAUGUGGGCUUAUGAGAGUGGACAAGCUGAGAUUCAAACAAAUGGAGCAGCAGCGAAAGCGACGAGGAGGACACCAGUCUCACAGGAUUUCACUCCUGAACAAAGACAAGACGAGCUAUCAAAAGUGUUGUCGAGUCUCGCUGAGACUGGAGGAAAUGGGACAUUGAGAAGGGUUCGACAAGUGGCGCCGGAUAGAGAUUUCGGGAAACAUGUGGCAAAUCAAAGAGAAGCGAUGCGUGGCGAUCCAAACUCUCCAACAGAACAAGCUGACGAAGAUUUGAAUCCAUUAUUGGAUGGUUUAGUGAAAGCAGCAACUGGCAUUUCGGAACCACGAGAAAGGAGAAGAGCAAGGCAAUUGAAUCGAAAAUCAAUGCGUCGAACGAGGACAUUGCGUUUGGCUGAUGAUCAAAUCCAAACCUUAGAAGACUGUUUAAAUGGAUAU